AUGGACAAUGAUUCCUAUCUCCUCUUGCUCCUUUCCGAUGGCAAUCUGCCCACAGGCUCGUUUGUCUCGUCCUCUGGCCUAGAAUCAUACUUCAAGCAUGGCUUUCCAGCGAUCGAACGCAUUUCCUUAUCUGAUCCAUCAGCCUCGCAGGCCCCAGCAAGCAUUGUCGGCUUUAUUAGGGACAGUCUGGCUGCUUACGCGAGACUAGCGCUGCCUUUUGCAUCAGAUGCACAUAACACGAUGGAGAAUGCUGUCGAGAAAGGCAAAGACGCAACCAUUGCUGGGCUUCAGGCCCUGGACAGGCACUACGAAGCCAUGUCGCUCAAUCAUAUCACUCGGAGGGCAUCAAAGGCCCAGGGAGUCGCACUCCUAACUCUAUUCUCCAAAGGGUUCUCGCGACCAACAUGGCUAGACGCAUUCAAUCCCAGCCAGAUGGAUGCAACAGGGUCAAGGCGUAAAGAAGAGGCUAAACAACGUCUAUCAGAGACUGUGGUCGAUGCAUACAAACUGAUGAUACGGAAAGGGGAGGCUCCCGGACACUUGCCAAUCUGCUGGGGAGUUCUCUCAGCAGCACUGUCCCUGUCAACUGGCCGUAGCAAGCAGCUCUUCCUAUUCCUCUACGCUCGGUCCUUGCUGUCCGCCGCUAUUCGGCUGAACGCAAUCGGCCCAUAUGCAGCUCAACAACUCUUGCUCCAUGUUAUACGCCAAAUGGUCGACGAAGAGGCGUCUAAUUGCUCUCAUUUGACAAGCCUACCCUCAGAGGGACCACUCUUUGAAGAAGACUGGUCGCGACUUGAAAGCAGCAGUACCCCAGCGACCACAUGGCCUCUGGGAGAGAUUCUUGCAGCUCGACAUGACCUGCAGCAUUCCAGAAUAUUCAACUCGUGA